CAGGGGGGGCUUUGCUCCGCUGCGGGUGGGAGUUUGCGCGCAUCCUUCGUAGCCGGCGCGCGGGCCAGACGGCAGCCUGGUGGCGGGGCGGCCGCGGCGGGAGGCCGCCGCCUCCUCUCGCUCUGCGGGUUUCCCUGGUGAGUGCCCGCGGGAGCCUGGUCUGUAAGCUGCGCCCCUUUCCUCCGGCCCGGCCUUGGGCGGCCCGAGGAGGAUGCGUUCUUAAGGCGUUGCCAGAACCUGAAAUGAAGUGUUGGGGAAAGUGGACACUUCACGUGACUUUUUAAAAGUCAGGUGUGUUGCGAGGCCGGAGCCGUGCAUCCAGGGAGCUGCUGGGAGCGCCGGUCCGCCCGCCCGCCCGCGGGCCGGAAAGCCGGUCGCCCUCAGGUGUCCCGCUGCCCGCGGCGAGGGGCCUUGUCCGCAGGCCGGACUGUCGCUGCUUCCAGCUCCGCCCGCGGUCAGAGCGCCGCUCCUGGCUCGGUGGCCGGGCGGUGCGGUCGGUGGGCAGCCUGACGCCCGCGCCGCCCUGGCCCCAGCGCCGCCGGCCUCUGGGCUCCUCCCGGCGCCGGUGUGUUGUCUGCAGUGACUCCAGGUCACACCAGAGGAUGCCGUCCUCACUCUGAGGAGGUGGAGAUGAUUUUACAGAAAACGCGCGUUUCCCCUCGGCCAGGACCUCGCCUUGCCGGCGGAACAUGGACGCAGCUGGGCCCGUGGGUGAGGGAGCAGGACCCUCCCCUCCGAGCGGCAGAGAGAGGCGGGCGGGCCCCUCUGCCCACGGGGUGCCCCUUUUUCACGUGAAAUAAGGGGGUGACUAGGACCUGGCAGCACCUCCCUUUUUGUGAGGCGUCAUUUUUAAGGCUUCAGUGUAGGGUGGUCGCAGCGCAGGUUGAUGGAAUGAAUCGUGUAAAGGCGACUGGCACUAGCUACAUGUAGACAAGCUUUUAGGAAUUCUUCUUGAAAUUAAACGCCGUUUUAUGUUACAAGUUCUUUGAAGUUAAAACAUGGAAUUGUUAAGUCUGAAAGCAGGUAACGUGGAGCCGUUCUGCAGAGGCUGGAAUAGCCUGUUGUUUGAGAGGCGCCUGCGGACCUGACGGUCACUGGAGUGAAGAAGUAGGACGCCGUGGCUGGUCUGCUGCUUGAAUGACAGGAUGUUGUUCCAAUCCCAGCAUUCAGACGAAUGUACAUUUCUAGUGCACGUUCAGGUUCCCGAGCACAAACAUCAAGAUCACGUUCACUGCCCUGUCCAGCGAGAAGAGGGAGAAGCAGGAGGCACCCGAGUCUCCGGUGAAGCCCGUGCAGGCCCACAUCUCGCCCCUGACCAUCAACAUUCCAGACACCAUGGCCCACCUCAUCAGCCCCCUGCCCUCCCCUACGGGAACCAUCAGGUACACGGGCCUGCACAGGGAUGGCCAUGUACGGUCCGUGUCCACAUCUCUGUCCUCUCCUCCUGCCUUGGUUGUUUCCAGCGCCAUGGGGAGUCACAGUGUGCUGCCAACUCCUGCCCGUCCAGCCCCCGGGGAGCAGGGUCUUCAGGGUACAAAAUGGGCCGUGUGAUCGCAUCUGACCUCAGUCUGAUGGCUGACAACUCACAGCCAGAAAACGAAAAGGAAGCUUCGGGCGGAGACAGCCCCAAGGAUGACUCAAAGCCACCUUAUUCCUAUGCACAAUUAAUUGUACAAGCAAUUACAAUGGCUCCUGAUAAACAGCUCACCCUCAAUGGAAUUUACACGCACAUCACUAAAAACUACCCAUACUACCGGACUGCGGACAAGGGCUGGCAGAAUUCAAUUCGCCACAAUCUCUCUCUGAAUCGUUAUUUCAUCAAAGUACCACGUUCCCAGGAAGAACCAGGCAAAGGCUCAUUCUGGAGGAUAGAUCCUGCUUCUGAAAGCAAAUUAAUAGAGCAGGCUUUUAGGAAAAGACGGCCUAGGGGCGUGCCUUGCUUUAGAACCCCUCUGGGACCGCUCUCGUCUAGAAGUGCCCCCGCCUCUCCUAACCACGCCGGAGUGCUGUCUGCCCACUCCAGUGGUGCCCAGACCCCCGAGAGCCUGUCGAGGGAAGGUUCGCCGGCCCCCCUGGAGCCCGAGCCUGGCGCCUCACAGCCCAAGCUGGCUGUCAUCCAGGAGGCACGGUUUGCCCAGAGUGCACCAGGCUCCCCGCUGUCCAGUCAGCCCGUGUUAAUCGCUGUGCAGCGGCAGCUACCCCCGACCAUCAAGCCCGUCACCUACACUGUCGCUGCCCCUGUGACCACCUCGACCUCCCAGCAGCCCGUCGUGCAGACAGUGCACGUUGUCCACCAGAUCCCAGCAGUGUCCGUCACCAGCGUGGCCGGACUGGCCCCAGCGAACACGUACACUGUCGCCGGGCAGGCUGUGGUGGCACAGACGGCCGUGCUGGCCGCUCCGAAAGCGGAGCCGCAGGAGAACGGAGACCACCGAGAAGUGAAAGUGAAAGUGGAACCUGUCCCUGCGCUGAGCCAGGCCACCCUGGGCACUGCCAGUCGGGUCAUCCAGGCGGCACAGACCCCCGUCCAGACGGUCACCAUCGUGCCGCAGCCACCUCUAGGUCAGCACCAGCUUCCAAUAAAAACUGUAACACAAAACGGGACUCACGUGGUGCCCAUCCCCGCAGCCGUGCACGGCCAGGUGAACCACGCAGCGGCGAGUCCUCUGCACAUGCUGGCGACACACGCCUCAGCAUCGGCCUCCCUGCCCACCAAGCGCCAGAAUGGAGACCAAUCAGAGCAGCCGGAGCUGAAGCGGGUCAAGACUGAAGAAGGCGAUAGCAUCGUCAUUGCCCUGAGUGUGGACACGCCUCCAGCGGCCACGAGGGAGAAGGGCGUCCAGAACUAGUGGCCGAGAGCUUUCUAACUUUCCUGUCAACUCUGGUGCCAAAAGGAGACACUGCCCAUCCCGACGCUGGAGCGCCUGCUCUCGGGGGCAGAGGCCUGCGGGUGGACUUCAUGUCAGCACUGAAACACAGACCCAGGUGGCCUUACAACUCUCCUUUCAGACAAAACUCACACCUGAACUUGGAAACCACACACGGCAGCCUGGUGCCGGCAGUGUCUCCGCCCAGCGCUCAUCUUUUAACCCCAAGCAGACACUUGGUCCUUCCGAGUGAGGAUGAGGAUGAGGCCCGGUGCCAGUGCAUCGUCCGGACAGGCCCGCCUCAGGGGGCCAGCACAGGAGCCCCCACCCCCUCCAAGGACCCCCGGGGCUGGCAGGGGAGACAGUAUUUUGUUGUUCACACUUGGAACUAGACUAUUUGGGGUGUACUUUCUUUCUUUACAAAAGAAUGGGUCUUUGGCAUUUCAGAUCACUCCAUUCUACUUGGAAACUUUGGAAUCACAGGACCUUUGUGUGGGUUUCAUUUGGAGAAAAGAAACAACGUGGUUCUGUUUGUUUCGUUGUUUGCUGUCCGCCUAUGGGAGGACUGACUGUCCGUGGGCGAUCAGGAGGAGCUACGAGAUGACAACUGCCCGUUUCCUCAGAGCAGCUGCUGAUGAGUGUGCUCCUCCAUGUCAGGGUGUGGGACGGACAGGACGCGGCCGGCUGCAUGGAUGAACUGCUGGACUGCGGGCUGCACUUAACUGUUUCUCUUUCUUGCUACUUUUUGUUGUUUCUUUGUGUUGACUUGGUCCCUGGCAUAAUUUUCCACUCUAAGUAAAACAAGUCUCCUAAGUAUUGUGUGUUUAAAAUAACAGAACUAUUCCUACUUUAUUGGGGGAGGGGGGGUAAUUCAGUCUUUUGUCUCAAGCCCUCUCACCUGUCACCGCUCUCUUGGUGGCAUGUCCGCUCUUUUAGGUGCUGUCACCGGGUCAGCACCGUCUGACCAGCUGUCUCCCCGGCUCUGCCCCACGCACCCAGAGCAGCUGCUGGGCUGAGCAGAAACUCCGUGUUAAUACAAGAGCCUGAGAAGCAAGCGCCCUGCGGUUAAGCAUGGGAAACAUCUAGGUCGUUUUCUGAUUUGUGAUAGGAAAUUCCAUCACCCUUCGAAACUGAAUCCGCUGAGGCUGACUUCUCUCCUACAGAAAACAGGAGCAGGAAGACAGGAGACACAGGUGAGAGAAUGGAAGGAAGGAGGCACCUCCCAGCCUUGGCUCAGCUCCUCCGGAAGGAAACCACUCGCCUUUCCAGAGUGUUCUGGGGGGUCAGGGCUGAGCAGCCGGGCAACUAGGAGGGCUCUGGCCUUAUUGUGAAUUUUUAAAUGUCAUCAUCAUAACGUUAUUUAUUUAAAUGUAGUUAUUUUGGUAUUUAAUUUUUUUUUAAGAGAGGAAAAAAACCCUGUAUUUUCCUGAUGGAAUGAAAUGGCUCAGAAUGGUAUAUUUAGGCAAUUUUAAAACAUUUAUUAUUUACCUAAAGACCAAAUAUGAUAAAUCUGUUCUAAGUAUUGUGUGUCAAUCCAAAGUAUGGAGCUGUCACAAUGUUACUGCAGAUCAUGCAUAUUAAAAAUUAUGAAAUUA